UAAAAAUCUACUACAUUGGUUGAGAAAACCAGAAAAUUACAGCUUAUAUGCAUAUAUACCUAUACAUAUAUGUAUUCCACAAUUAUUCAGUAGGUGGCAGUUAAAAGCUUAGAUGAGCUUUGCAGUCGCCAUUUAGGCAGUAGCACUAGCAGAGGCUGGAGUCAGUCUGUCCGUAAAAGCAGAAACAGAGAGGCUGCGAUCCAGCCAACAAGAGCAUUAUCCGCGACUCAGGUACUGGGAGCAGGCGGGAGGGGAGCGGAGCCGCGGGAGCAGAGGACGGGCAGCAGCCAACACCGGGCGCAAAGGGAGGCUGCAGCCCCUUUGAUUAAGACAGGGGCUCCUUUCUGGUGGAGGGAGCCCAGGACAGAGCAGGAGAAGAGCUGGUGCAAUGACAGGCAGAAACUGAAGAGCAUUUGAAGCUUUCUGUUCCUACACAGGUUUUCUGCCCUAGCUGAGCAAGUGGCACACGGAGAAGCAUGCCUGAGCAAAGCAAUGAUUAUAGGGUAGUUGUGUUUGGAGCUGGAGGAGUGGGCAAAAGUUCUUUGGUCUUGAGAUUUGUAAAGGGCACUUUCAGAGAGAGCUACAUCCCUACCAUUGAAGACACCUAUCGGCAGGUGAUCAGCUGUGAUAAGAGCAUAUGCACUUUGCAGAUAACUGACACUACAGGGAGCCAUCAAUUCCCAGCCAUGCAACGUCUCUCUAUUUCUAAAGGACAUGCUUUUAUUUUGGUUUACUCUAUCACCAGCCGACAGUCCUUGGAGGAGCUCAAGCCAAUCUACGAACAAAUAUGUCAGAUUAAAGGAGACAUAGAAAGCAUUCCAAUAAUGUUGGUGGGGAACAAAAAUGAUGAGAACCAAAAUCGAGAGGUAGAAAGCAGUGAUGGAGAAGCCAUGGCUAAGAAGUGGAAAUGUGCCUUCAUGGAGACCUCUGCCAAGACGAACCACAAUGUGAAAGAGUUAUUCCAAGAAUUGCUAAACUUGGAGAAACGCAGGACUGUGAGUUUGCAAAUUGAUGGCAAAAAAAGCAAGCAACAGAAAAGGAAGGAGAAGCUGAAAGGCAAAUGUGUGGUGAUGUGAAAUUGCACUGUCAGAAGUCAGCUAUGAAGUGUCAUCUGAAAAUACGCAUGUAAAACCCAUACACAGAAAACAACCACGCAAGAUCCUAUUUAUCAGUAUCUGUUUUAAAAGAAACAAUUGGAAAUUUAAAAAACGAGGUACUGUGAUUGCUAUAAAAACCCUGAAAAAUAAAAAUAUGAGUACUCUCGCAAUCAAUUAAAGUAAACCAGGAAGAAAACAAAAGAUUUCCCAGAAUACCUUAUUUUGUAAUUUACAAAAAUAAAGAAUUUUCAUCAUUCACAUAAUAUGAAAAACUUGGAAAAUCAAUUUAGUAUUAUCUCCAUUUGCAUAUAAUUGCAAGAGAAAGCCAUGUAUAAUAUCAGAAGAAAAACAAAGACAUAGAUGUGAAGAAACUUAGAACAUACAAAUGCAUGCUGGAUGGUGUUAAUCAUUUCCUUCAAGAAUGCUGUGGAUAAACAAUUCUGUGCCAUUUUCAUUAUUGACUGGUUGGAGAGUGUGCAUAAGAUAGUCUUGGACCAGCUGAAUAAUAGAACUAUUGCACAGUAAAAGGAAGUGUGGGGAUAUCAGUCAAAAGGAAUAGAUAUUACCUCUACCCCACCAGCAUGAUACUUCUUUCUAGUGUGAUGCAGUGUUUUAACUGAAGGUUGUGCAAAAGCCAGUCCCUGUAAGAGAGCUGGAGAUCAUGUUUUCUGGACUCAUUGCUUCAAGAAUGACCUGAGUUUCUGGCUCAAAUAUAUUUCAGAACAGACAUUUCUUUGAGGAGAAUGCCAGAUAGAAUGGGUUACAUAUAAAACCAGAAAGCUUCCCCAGGGAGAACUGACUGCGGAGUCCCCUACAAAAGCCUCUGUGGGAGAGACUCAGCUGUAAUGCUGCUGCUGGUUAAAUGAACACACGGUGUAGUUAGUGUAUGAAUGGAAUGUCUUUUGAACUGGUGGUACCCUUGGAGAGGGGUUGGCGUAGUAUAUAAAGUUUUUAUUCAAAUUAUCAGAUUAGUUCAGUGAUACUUCUUUACAUUACUGUAUUCCAAUUAGAAGGGUUUAUGCUCCUGCACUAUGAGAUCUAUUGCCUUUAUAUUGUCUGAAGUAUUUUAUAUUUGCCAUUUAAACUCAUGAUUUGAACUGCUGUGACUAUUUAUAGAACCAAAUAUAUAUCUGAAGUUAGUGCCCACAAGAGUCUCUAAAAGGAGGUUUUCUGGGAUAAGCACUUUAGGAUCUGGCAUAUUAAGAGUUGCAGUCAGGACUGUGUUAUAAUGCAAUACAAAGUUCAGAAUAGAAAACACAUUACUUAAAACAUCCUGUCAGGGGAAACUGCUCUUCUCAAAACCUUUGAAAGUGGAAAAGAGUAAAAAAUGUGAGCUGUCCUGGAUGUCCCUACAAAGCUUUUUUAAAAACGAAUAUGAAUGACUGAAGUAUGUAUCCUAGUGAUAACAAAGGCCAUCUAAGAUAAAAUGAGCACAUAAAAUUUUUAAAGAAUACAUUAAAAUUGUGUAAGUCACAAUUUGUACCUUAGGAACUGCUUUGAAUGAACAAAAAGAGCCUACCAUAUUUUUAGUAAAUGUUUAUGUCAAGAAACAUGGGAAAAUGAAGUUGAGCACUAAUAUUAUUAGCCUGCAUGCUAGUGCAUUAUAAAUAUCUUCUAGGGGAUGCUCAAAUGCAGUUUUUGCAUUAAAAAUUGCUACCUUGUUCCUUUCAGAGUUAUUGCUUUCUUACCUUCCAGUUUUGUAAGAAAUGUGCAGACGUUUCAGAGGUAGAGUAAGAGUAUACAUAUGAAUUGCUACUAGCGCUGUCUAGAAAGGAGCACAACUUCUAUCAUUCAGUCAGAAGAAAUUCUGGCACCAGUAGAAUCAAGUGUGAAACUCCUACUGAUUUCAAAGAGACAAUUUUUUUUGUGUUUACUUCAUUGCAUUAGAAGAGAAGACUGGAAAGAGCAUGCAAAAAGCUAAUGCUCUUCAUUAACAGUAAAUUCCAGGCUCUUACACAAUACUCUUUCUCCAUAAAUCUCAAAGCACUUUGCAAAAAUGACAACAUCAUUAUCUUAACUUCUCAGGUGGUGAAAGUGAGGCACAGAGAGGAAACAACUGCACGUAGAUUGUCCAGCAAGAUAGUGGCAGACCUAGGAACAAAAGCAGAUCUCCUCUGUCACAGUCCAGUGCUCACUCUGUGUUUUGUCAGAUUGUCUCUUCACAUUCUUAAGUAGUUCCUGAAACACUUAAAGAAGCCUGGUUUGACUUCUACAGCCAAGUGCAUCUUUCUUGACAGUCUGUCAAUAUAUCAAAAGGUAUUUCCAGAUCAGGGAUGCAAAACACUUAAAAGCACUAUGUUUAGUAAGACUUUUAUAAAUGUUUGUACAUCGACUCUGUAAAAAAAAUGGCUGAUGAUACUCAAAGUCACAGCAUUGGAUUCCAUGGAUGAAGCCAGAAAAUCAGAAGAAUGAUCAACCUUAAGGCAUAAUGAGUCACAUAUAGAGGUCAAAAGUAGAGAGGUUGCCCUCAGAUGCUAACACACCGGUGCCAAAGGUCAUCAUGUGUGGCACAUGCCUUAGCAGCCAGCAUAGAAUUAUGAUAGAAUCUCAAAGAGAAAAAAAGAUCUAUAUAUACAACCUUUUAACAUUAUUGCUUUAACUGGAGGAAUUAUUUGCAUAGUAAAAUAUCUUGCAGAAGUACAAUAUAGGGGAUCUUAAUUACUUAAAAAGUACCAACUGCAAAGAUAUUACAGGCUGAAAUUUAGCACUGGACAUUUUUUUGAAUGUGCCUCAUAGCAAGAUUAGAAUAAUUGUACAGCAAAGAUGGAAAUAAAAAAAGUAGCUGCCAAUAUUAGGCUUGAGGACCAUUUCCUUUAGUUCCCAGUUGACUCGUCACCUGCCACAUAAUAAGCCAUGAAGUAUUUCAUGGACUUGCACGUAUCAAAGCAAGGCCAGAACAGAAGCAAUAUAAUUCAAGGACCACAGACUCAAAAGAGAGCAUAUUUUAUACCCUUGCCUUGCCAUCUUAGUUUAUACUAUUAGAUUUUAUGUAUCUUACAUAUACGUGAGCUGGUUUAAAGCGUUUUUUUUUGCUAUUACAUAUAGAAUUAUUUUUUUUAAUAUGAAAAAAAAAGGUGGCUAAAGAAAAUAUAAAGCUUUAUUACAUUUUGUGUUUUAUUUGGAAAUGUGGUAUCACUAUAAUAACCUGUUUAAAAUGUAUAUACAAAAUAUUUAAAACAUGUAAGGUCUACAGUGAAUUUUAGCAUCCAGAAAAUGCAAUCUAGCCAAAAUUAAUCUUUAAAAAGCAUGACUUUUAUAUGUAGAUAUGAAAUAUUAAGGUAUAUUGUUGUCAUGAAAAUGUGUUACAAUUUCUUUAGCAAAUAUUUUGUUUUAAAACUGGAUAUGAAGUAAUUUGUGUUUAGUAGUUUCCAUGUUUGUGGUGAUGUUCUAAAGAUUCAAAAUAAAGUUUUAAAUCUUAACACAA